CCUCAUGGGCUGAUUAAUAUAAUUUCAUGUUGCACCUGUCCCAUGUUUUUCAAUACAAUGAAACAUUAAUAAUAAUAUAAAUUAUAAACCUCCAAUUUGCAUAAUACACUUCAGAAAGACCAUGUUGUUUUACUACAUAAUUUUUGGAGCACCCACAGUAUUAAAAACAUCCUAAUCAACCUCACAGACAAAAUCGCACUUUUGUAUUUUAGAAGACAGUGACCUCAGUGGAAAUGAGGAAAGCAGAUAUAUUUGUCUGAAAAGUAGAAACCUGAGAAGUCUCCCCAUGAACAUCGGUAAUAACUCAGUGCUGUUGUUCACAGUAAUCGCAGGUACAUGAUUUCGCCCACUUUUUGUUUCGGCAUUGUGUUGCUUACCCACUUCUCCCCGCUGGCCUCGACCAAGAGGCUUUGCCACCGUGGUAUGGUGCAACUUAAAACCAAAAUAACUCCUGUGUCUGCCCCCUGCCUACUACACGCUCCAGUCACAGAGGAACAGAAAUGAGUCAUCUGUUGUGAGUAACCGCUCACAUUUCCCUUUCUCGCUGGAUGCUGCUCACUUGAAGCACACGACCAAAAAAUCCCUGUACUCCCAAGACCACGUCCCCGGAGCCGCGGCCUGGCAGGAGUGGGACAAAGACUCCCACGCCAUCGCACCUGGGGUGAGAGGAACCUGCACACGGGGACGCGAGCUGGGCAUCAGUAACAGGGGGCUGAGGUGGAUGCUUGUCCUUUCUAUCUCUGCAGUUCCGUAAGAGGGUGGGAAUUAGGGGUUGCAUUCGUUGUGAGCGAGGGCUGCCAAAGCUCAGGCACAUGGUGUGAUUCUUGGGGUGUCCUGUGCAGGGCCAGGAAUUGGACUUGAUGAUCCCGAUGGGUCCCUUCCAAAUCAGCACGUUCUGUGAUUCUAUGAAGCCUACAGGGGUAAACUGGGAGGACAGGGUGCGAGGUGGCAUCCGUAACUACCACCCCCAUCGUUCCCAUCCCAUCCCGCCACCCCCACCCUGGCGACGCUGCCCACUGCCCAGGCUGGGGGCUCUGGUCGUCCACGCCACGAACCCCUCGCGUUGUCCUGCUCGGCCCUGCCCUAUCCUGCUCCCGGUUCCCGCCCCGCCGCGGGCGCGGCUCCUCCCGCGGCCCUUACGGGAAGCGCGGCCCCGCCCGGGCCCGGUCCCGCCCCGUGGGGGCGGACCCGCUAUAAGCGCCGCGGCCGCCCGGCCGCCCCCAGUGCCCGCCGCGCCGCCCGCCCAGCCCUGGCCGUCUCCUCUCCCGCUCCGCCGCCCUCAGCCGCCCCUCGCCGCCGCCCGCCGCCCCGCGGCACCGCCAUGAUCGUGGAGAGCAGCCGAGACGCGGCGCCCGAUGGCGGCGACGGCGGCGCCCUCAGCAGCCCCAUCAACCUCGCCUAUUUCUACGGGGCCUCGCCCCACUCCAGCGAGGGCAGCUGCUCGCCGGCGCACUCCUCCGCGCCGGGCUCGCCGGGAUCCGACUCGGACCUCUCGGUGAGCAGCCGCGGCGGCGGCCGGAGGGACCCCCGGGGCGGCCCCCGCCCCGCGCUGCAAGUUGACCAACACAUGGGGGGGGGAAAGCAGCACAGAGGACCUUUCCAAGGCGUCCGCGUGAAGAACUCCGUGAAGGAGCUCCUGCUGCAUUUCAGGAGCAGCAAACAGAUGUCCUCGGGCCCCGCCACCGAGGAAAACAAGGCACAAGGAGGAUUGGUGAACUACGAGCCAUACACAGAGCUGAAGAGCAUACUAGGUCAUAGUGGCAAAAGAAAGGCUCCUGAGCUCCUUUCUGAUGGACCUGCUUUCAAACGCCAGGCUAAUAUUCACCCACAUCUCCUGACACCACCUCAGACACCAACUUCUAUGGAUAACAUGGAAGAGACACAUAAAAACGACCCAAAGCACGACAGUAGUUCUGAUCUGCUGCAGAACAUCAUAAACAUCAAGAACGAGUCGAGCCCCAUUUCCCUGAACACGGUGCAGGUGAGCUGGAUGCACUCUGUCUCCAGUCACGGCUCGUCCGGUGAGCAGUACCAGGACAGCCCAGGAACACAGGCUUUUUCACCGUCCCAGAAAUACCAACCGUUCCAAGAUCAUACCAACCAGCAUAUACUUGAUCCACCGCAACAUUACCAGUUCCCCCCAUCCCAGAACCAAGAUUUGUCACAGAGUUAUCCUUCAGAUGCCUCCCUGGAGUACAGGCCAUUUGCUGCCAAUGAUCAAUCUCCUGCCUACCAGCAGAACACCUUUGAGAGCCAUGAACUGCAGUACUGCCCGUCCCAGAGCUUCUCCUCCCUCUUGAAUGACUCUGAAGGCUCGGAGGGCAUCUCCACUCCCCUCCAGCCUCUGACCAGUGCCCACCCACAGGCUGAUGUUGCCCCUCAUGCCCCGAACUUCAACUUGCUUUCCAGCAACAUCUGUGGUGGUCUGGAGCGCAGCGUCUCUUUGGCUGCUCUGAAUGUCUCUCUACCUGAUCAAAGCAUUGCCAGAAGCACGACGCAGCUGGGCAAGUCAUUUUUUCAAUGGCAAGUGGAGCAGGAGGAAAACAAACUGGCUAACAUAUCUCAAGACCAGUUCCUUGCAAAAGACUCGGAUGGAGACACCUUCCUUCACAUUGCUGUUGCCCAGGGCCGUCGAGCACUCUCCUAUGUUCUUGCAAGGAAGAUGGCUGCCAUGCACAUGCUGGAUAUUAAAGAGCACAAUGGCCAGAGUGCUUUCCAGGUUGCUGUGGCUGCCAACCAGCAUCUCAUUGUGCAGGACUUGGUUAGCUUGGGGGCUCAAGUCAACACCACAGACUGCUGGGGUAGAACGCCGCUGCAUGUUUGUGCUGAGAAGGGGCAUGCCCAGGUCCUCCAGGCAAUCCAAAAGGGAGCCAUGGGAAGCAAUCAGUAUGUGGAUCUUGAGGCAACAAACUAUGAUGGUAUGACAGCGUUGCACUGUGCGGUUCUGGCCCAUAAUGCUGUGCUGCAUGAACUGCAGAACAGUCAGCCACCUCACUCCCCUGAGGUCCAGGAGCUUCUGCUGAGAAACAAGAGCCUGGUAGAAACUAUCAAGACUCUGAUACAAAUGGGAGCCUCUGUUGAAGCGAAAGAUCGCAAAAGUGGUCGAUCUGCUUUACAUUUGGCGGCAGAAGAAGCAAACCUGGAGCUCAUUCGUCUCUUUUUGGAGCUGCCCAACUGCCUCUCCUUUGUUAAUGCCAAGGCUUACAAUGGCAACACAGCACUCCACGUGGCUGCUAGCCUGCAGUAUCGGGUGAGCCAGCUGGAUGCUGUGCGCCUGCUGAUGCGUAAGGGAGCUGAUCCAAGUGCCAGAAACUUGGAGAAUGAACAGCCAGUUCACCUGGUUCCUGAUGGCCUUGUAGGAGAACAGAUAAGACGUAUCCUAAAAGGGAAGGCGAUUCAGCAGAGAGUGUCGCCGUUUUAGGCUCCAUGUUUCUUGGAGUUCAGCAACUCACACUCACUGUCAGUCAGGCAGUCCUAAUGUAUCUGUAAAUAGACCAUUUGCCUGGUGUGGGCAAAUGUUAGUUGUUUCUAUGAAACAAAAGCAUUUUGUUCACUAUUAUAUAGUGGGUUAUAUAAGAGUUAAAAACAAAACCACAAACCCCAACAAUCAAAUUCCUCUGACCAAACGGGAAUGUUUAAUUCCCAAGUAUGUGGAACAUUUGCCUGGAUACCUGGAUUUCACAGCUACAGCAAGACUGAUUUUAUUUAAACAACCAUACAGAUAACUUGUAGACAAGGGAAAUUCUACAGGAUUUUUUUUUUUUUUAGAGACAGCUGAUACAGUUCAACAAUACAGCCUUUGUAGUGUUUUGUGUUUUAAAUAACACUUAAGUGCAAGAGAAACUGAAUAUUUUUGAAGUUGAACAUUUAUUUAUGUAACUUUUUAGCUUUCUUCCAAUAUCUUGUGCAGGAUUGUAUAUAGUCACUGGCACUAUUGUACAGCUGUAUAUUUCUAAGAAUCUAUUGAUCACUUAGGGAAUGACCUGAAGAAACAAGUUCCUUGAUCCUGAACUUGCAAAUUGCAUAUAGAGUUUUAAUACUAGACUGGUGCAAAUUGGGUAAAUUCUGUUGUUUUGAAAGAGUGAAGAUGGAAAGUACAGUUAAGAUUGUCCUGGCACUGUUGUUAAUAACACAUGAAAAGCCAUGCUUCUUCAAGGGACAGUCAGUUUUUCUCAUGCCCAGUAGGGGUUUUUCUUUCGAUGGAACAAUAGAUUGAGAGAGAAAGAUCAGGACUCUUAUAGUGUAUAUGUAACUUGCACUUUAAGGAAUAUGAUCCUGAUUCAGUGCAAGUAUUUAGCAUGUACUUAAACUGUUGGUGCAUGCUGACAUAUCUCCAUGUUAAUUGUAAUACUUCAACAUGUGUAAGCCCCACUAUGUUGGUAGGGCUUAAGCACAUGCAUAAGUAGCUUACUGAAUUGAGCUCUAGUUAAUUCUAGAGACUUAAUGUUUUCCACCUCCUGAGCAGUUAGUCCAUUUAUGGUUUUACCUUAUAGGUAUAGUGGUUAGCCAAGUAAUAUUUGAAGUUAAUGUUUUUCUAUUUUUUAAUAAUUAUGAUUAUUAAUGCAAAAUGUAUACUAAUGAUGCUGUAUACUUGUGUUCUGUUGGAAAAAACUUCCUCCUAUCACUUUCUGAAUGAUCUGUGCUGGGCUGUAAUCCAGUAAUGUGUUCUCUGUAUGGUCUUUGCUCUUAAGCUGUUUUUGCAUCACAUGCAAUUCUCUGCCAUAACCAUUUAAUUAGUCUGAUUCUGCUGUUUUGACAAAGUAUGUCUUGUAGACAAGCUAAAUGAAAAAAAUCUGAUAUAUGGAGGCUUAGUUGCAAUGUAUUUCUUGAAGGGUCACAUGUAACUUGUGUUUGAAUAAACAUGAUAAUUAAA